GGAAUGGAAAUGGUGUUCUGAUAGAUGUUGGUCUGCGAUGGCCUGUUUCCCAAAGGUAGAAUUUAGAAUUUCACAUAUACAAUUUUGAAUUUUACAUUCAAGUUUGCAUCUCCUGCACAGACAACUGCACUCCUUGCUUCAUUAAAUUACUUAUUUGGUUCGUUGCUCGAUUCAGUCAUUGCUCCACCACAACUGAAUGUCCAGGUUCCCAGAACCCAGAGCUGGAGUUCAGCUGGCAUCUCUGCCAAUACCCACCGGCGAGUCCACCACUUCCCAAUAGAAGUUUUGAGCAAAUCCGUUCUCAGCCUGUUAAAGACAUUGUAGCUUUCAACGUAAGUGGCCCACUGAUCUCGAAAUUUUAUAUUAAACUGUUUGAAACAUCAACUUAAAAUGGGCAGGGAGUAGUCCUGCUUUACAGGGCACAAAAGAAAUUGCACAGGUUCAGAAUUCAGAAAAUACAAACUGUGAGGCACGCGGACAGGAGUCAGGACCCAGUUAGCAUCCCCGGCGAUGCUGAUCCUGGUCAUCAUCCUGGGGGCUGGGCUCCACCUUCGAACCGGCAACCCGACUGUGGGCCGCAGCCCGACCACCUGUUCCGCCUGCACGCAACGCCUACCCUUAGCCACAGCGCAUUCCAGCGCCUCCCCAGUUCCUGGGGCUCAGCGCAAACGAAGCGCCCCAGGUGCAGCCUCCACGCCAAACCCCUUUUGCACGCCCCGCGCUUCGGCCCCGCCCCGCGCUCCCAUUGUCCCCGGAGCCCCGGCCGCCCCGAGCCCCGCUAAGCCCCCUUUGCCGCCCCGCGCACGCGCAGUUACUCCCGAACCCGGAAGCGGCUGGUGCGGAGGGAAGGUAACCGUGGCAUCUGAGGCCUCUGGUCUUUCUCCUUUAAACCUCCGCAUCUCAGCCCACAGCCCUGCACGUGUGAAGUCCGGGCGCCGAGGAGACCUUGAAACCCCGAACCCGCCUCCCAUCGGCGGGCAGGGGAGUGUGACAUUUUUCAGCAUUUCAAGUCCUUCUGCCUGUGAGUGUGGUGGAAGCACGGCAUCUUCUCCAGAUGCAGGUGUGAUUGGUCAACAUAAAGUCGCCUGAGAAAACAACCCAGAGCAGGAGGAGGAAGAGGACAAUAUGGCUGCUUCUCAGGGACAGUUGACCUUCAGUGAUGUGGCCAUAGAAUUCUCUCAGGAGGAGUGGGCAUGCCUGGACCCAGCUCAGCGGAAACUGUACGUGGAUGUGAUGUUGCAGAACUACAGGAACCUGGUGUUCCUGGGUGCGUCUAAGCCAGACCUGGUCACCUUUUUGGAGCACAUGAAGGGGCCCUGGGAGUUGAAGAGGAAAAAGACAAUAUCCAGCCAGCCAGCUAUGUCUUCUCAGGUUAUUCAGGAUUUGUUGCCAAAGUCAGGUGUAGAAGUGUCAUUCCAGAAAAUGCUACAGAGUACAUAUAAUGAAGAGAGACGUCACCAAUGCAAUGAAUCUCAGAAACACAUUAACCAAAGGUUAAAUUCUAAUAACCGUCAGAGAACUCAGCUUUCACAGAAUAAUGAUAAAUGUCCGAAAGUCUUUGACAAAAGCUCAAAUAUUUUUAUACCUCAGAGUAUUCAUACUGUAGAGAAGACAGAAAGACUUAGUGAAUGUGCCAGGUCUUUCAACCAAUCAUCAAAGCUUACUGAACAUAAAAAUACUCAUAUUGAGGAGAAGUCUUUCCAGUGUAAUCACUAUGUGAAAGUGUUUAGUCAGUCUUCUAAGUUAAAUAUACAUAAGGAAAUCCAUACUGCAGAGAAGCCUUACAAAUGCAAAGAAUGUGAUAAAGCCUUUAAGUGGCAUGCACAUAUUGUUUUACAUCAGAGAAUUCAUAGUGGAGAGAAGCCUUAUAAAUGUAGAGAAUGUCACAAAGCCUUCAACUCUUAUUCAAGCCUUAUUCGACAUCAGAGAAUUCAUCAUGGAGAGAAACCUUAUAAAUGUAAAGAAUGUGGGAAAGCCUUUAACAAGUGUUCAAGCCUUACAAAACAUCAGAGAAUUCAUUCUGAAGAGACGUCUUAUAAAUGCAGAGAAUGUGGCAAAGCCUUUAGCCAGUGUUCAACUCUUACCCAUCAUCAGAGAAUUCAUACUGGAGAGAAGCCUUAUGAAUGUAGAGAUUGUGGGAAAACCUUUAACCAGAGUUCAAAUCUUACAAAACAUCAGAGAAUUCAUUCUGGAGAGAAGCCUUAUAAAUGUAGAGAAUGUGGUAAAGCCUUUACCUCGAGCUCAAAUCUUACUCAACAUAAGAAAAUUCAUUCUGGAGAGAAGCCUUAUAAAUGUAGAGAAUGUGGCAAAGCCUUUACUCAGGGCUCACAUCUUACUCAACAUCAGACAGUGCAUACUGGAGUGCAGCCUUAUAAAUGUAGAGAAUGUGGGAAAGCCUUUAGGUGGUGUUCAACCCUUACCCAUCAUCAGAGAAUUCAUACAGAAAUAAAGCCUUAUAAAUGUAGAGAAUGUGGGAAAGCCUUUAAAAGUUAUUCAGGCUUUACUAGACAUAAAAGAAUUUAUAUUGGAGGGAAGCCUUGUAAAUGUAAAGAAUGUGGCAAAGCCUUUAAGAAGUGUUCAUGCCUUAUGAAACAUCAUACAAUUCAUACUGGAGAAAAACCUAAUCAAUGUAGAGAAUGUGGCAAAGUCUAUAGCCGGUAUUCAACACUUACCCAUCAUCAGCGAAUGCAUACAGGAGAGAAGCCUUAUAAAUGUAGAGAAUGUGGCAAAGCUUUUAUCCAGAGCUCACGUCUUACUCGACAUCAGAUCAUUCAUUCUGGAGAGAAGCCUUAUAAAUGUAGAGACUGUGGCAAAGCUUUUAUCGAGAGGUCACAUCUUACUCGACAUCAGAUCAUUCAUUCUGGAGAGAAGCCUUAUAAAUGUAGAGAAUGUGGCAAAGCUUUUAUCCAGAGUGCACAUCUUACUCGACAUGAGAUCAUUCAUUCUGGGAAGAAGCCUUAUAAAUGCAAAGAAUGUGGCAAAACUUUUAUCCAGAGCUCACAUCUUACUCGACAUCAGAUUAUUCAUUCUGGAGAGAAGCCUUAUAAAUGUAGAGAAUGUGGCAAAGCUUUUAGUCAGUGUUCAAACCUUACCGAUCAUCAGAAAAUUCAUACUGGAGAGAAGCCUUAUAAAUGUAGAGAAUGUGGCAAAACCUUUAUGCGGAACUCAAAUCUUACUCAGCAUCAAAGGAUUCAUUCUGGAGAGAAGCCUUAUACAUGUAGAGAAUGUGGUAAAGCCUUUACCCAGGGCUCACAGCUUACUAAACAUCAGAGAAUUCAUUCUGGAGAGAAGCCCUAUAAAUGUAGAGAGUGUGGCAAAGGCUUUACCCAGGGGUCACUUCUUACUCAACAUCAGAAUAUUCAUUCUGGAGAGAAGCCUUAUAAAUGUAGAGAAUGUGGCAAAGCCUUUAGUUGGUAUUCAGCCCUUUCUAAACAUCAGAGAAUUCAUGUAGAACAGAAACCCUGAUAAAUGUAGAGAAUGUGGCAAAGCCUAUAAAUUAUGUUCAAACCUUUCUAGCCAUUGGAGGAGUCAUACUAGAGAGAAGGCUUACGAACAUUAAGAAUGUGGCAAGGCCCAUAUACAUUGAUUAGACCUUACCAAAUAUAUGAGAAUGCAUUCCUGAGAGAAGCUUUACAAAUGUGAAGAGUGACAAAGCCUAGCAGUGUGGCUUAGUGGUUGAGCAUGGACCUACGAACCAAGGAGGUCAUGGUUAAAUUCCUGGUCAGGGUACAUGCCCGGGUUCAGGCUCUAUCCCUAUUAGGGGGUAUGCAGAAGGUAGCCAGUCAGUGAUUCUCAUCAUUGAUGUUUCUUUCUCUCCCUUCUCCUCUGUCCCUAACAUCAAUAGGAACAUAUUUUUAGAUAAAGUGUGACAACGUCUUUAACCUCGGUAUAGCGUUACUCAAUACUAAGGAAUCCACAGUGAAUAGAAGCAACAUAAAUAUAAAUAUGGGAAAACCUCCAACCAUUGCACAAACCUCACUAAAUAUUAAAGGAUUUGUACCAAAGAGAAGCCUUAGAAGUGUAGAGCUUGUGAUAAUGCCUUUACCCAGUGUUGAAACCUUAGUCAAUAUCACAUAAUUUAUUAAAAGAAUAAAAAUAUAAACAAUGUGGCAAAACUUUUGAUCAUUGCUCAAGCCUCAAUGUACUUUAGAGGUUUCCUAGUGCAGAGAAGCCAUGCAAAUGUAAAAAGUUCAGCAAAGACUGUUUUUACCAUUUA